GAUUUCUCGGCUAAUUUGCACAACACAUGCGCACUUUGAAUGAAAUAUCACGGCCACAGAUUUUGUCGCUGACAAAUAAAAUAUAAUAUUGGCGCAUAUCUGUAUUUCCAGGGAAGACACAUCUGGAAAUGGAAAGGCGCCAUAACCAGGAAGACGGUUCAAAAAAAGCGACUGAUACCGAGGGCGUAACAAAACAGUAUGACACUGAAGGUCUCAGUACAACAGAGUCAGAUAAUUCUGACAAUCUUUCACCAGCGGCGUCGGCGACAAAUUGCGUACAGGAAUCCAAUGCAUCAAGUCGAAACAAUUCUAAGGAAGAACGCAAUGAUAACGGGCGCGGGUACUUACAAGACUGUGAACAUAAACUGGAACAGAAGUCCACUGUACAGUCGCGACAUGAUUCACACUUUGAACCUCGUAGAGGCCGAGGAUAUUCUGACGUUAAUCCUCAAGACUUUUCAGAUUGUGAACUUGUGGAGGAUUCGAAUAAUUCAAGUAAAAACCAGCGGCUCUUUAAUAAAUGUGUACAAGAAACAUGUGGAUUGGAAAGACAUCCUGGAAAUAUAUCUGACAAUGGAUCAUUGCAAGAAACAAAUAACUCUAGCGUACAGUCUCAGUAUCUGUCUGUAGAUGGAAACUCACAGCAAGCACUCACUAUUGCUGAACACUUACGUGAAUCUGAGAUGACACAACCUCAAAGUAUUUGUAUCACUGAAUACAGACAGAAGACAGGAAAUUCCGUUGAACAGUCUAGAACUGUACCAUGCACGGAAUACUUACAACGUAUGUAUAGUGAUGUUAGUGAAUUCCAAACUAAACCAGACACUAAAUGUGAAAAGGAACUGUACCUGGAUAUCAAAUCUUCUACCGAUGUGUUCUGUUCUGUUUCUAAACGUUUUAAAGCCAAACUUUACCGAAAAUUAUUAUUGAAUUUUUUUCUUCAUCAGACUGGAGCACAGUCUGAGUUUUCUGCAAACAAAAAACAAAUAGAUUCUAAACACGAUUUAGAUCGUUAUACAUUUGUUAAAAAAUAUCUGCAGGAACUAGUUACACUCCCUGUGCAAGAUUUUUUUUAUGACAGCCUUAUUUAUACAGUUUUGCCCGUUUCAAGAACACCGGUGACAUCUGAGCAACAGUCGACAAGUAAUUCAUCAAGUUUCUCUGGUUUCGAUCCAUUACUAACUGUAAUUAACAACAUAGCUGAAGGUGAAAGAGUCCCACCACAGAUUACUAUGAGGUAUGAAAUGUUGAGAUUUUGUACUUUGAGAUCAUUUCCCAAAGAAAAUAAGCCGUUUAUAACCAGGCUAGCCGGAGCUGGUUUUUACUACGCUAACUCUGGUGAUGAAGUUGUUUGCUAUUGUUGCGCCAGACGAAAGAGUAACUGGACGGAAUCUGAUAAUCCUAUGGAAAUUCAUAGACAAAUGAACCCAAACUGCAGCUUUCUCACCCGUAAUUCAGAAGUUAAUAUCCCGAUCAGACAAGUAACUGAAAGCUCGUCUGCAGUAUUUACUUCAAGCACGCGCAGUUCAACAAGCGGUACACAUCUUGAAAGUAGUCCAAGAAGUAGUUAUCAGAACAAUCUUGAAACUACAGUACGCAAUCACGCUUCAGUUGUAUCGGCUUCUAACUCUGAUGUCAACCGUGAUUCUACUGAAUCAGAUGUCACGUCUAUACCAAAUACAACUACUGUGACUGGUAUACAAACUCAAAUUUCUGAAACCUCUUCUACAAUAGCUGCAACCAGUGUUACCUUAUCAAGACAAACGAACCAGUCUCUAUCAGUACUCUCAGUUGAUGUUCCCGGAGCGCGAUCAGAGCACAGAUUUACAAACAGCAGUUUGGGAGGCAUAAAUUCCCAAGACUCGCCAAAGUACCCAAAGUAUUACAGUAAGACAGUCAGAUUGACAAGUUUCGUUGACUGUGGAGAUAUUGUGAUCACACCGGAAAAUCUGGCUGAAGCGGGCUUCUUCUACGCUGGUUUCGGAGAUUGCGUCAGGUGUUUCCAGUGCGGUGUAGGAUUACGUCACUGGUCGGAAGAAGAUGAUCCGUGGAUAGAGCACUCCAGAUGGUCAAAGGAAUGUUCCUACGUGCGACAGAUGAGAGGACAGGAGUUUGUUAAUCUCGUGCAAAUGGCAGUACAAUAUUCUCAAAACCAAAAUGGUGAUGACCUGUUGUCACAAGAUACAAGCGGUGCAGCUGGCGGACAAUCCGAUCUUGAUCAAGCAGGAACAGACAGACUGAUGCACACGGAUGCUGCACAAAGUGUUCUCGAGAUGGGGUAUAACCCUGACGUCAUACGGAGAGCUAUAAGAAUGAUCAUUUCGUCAGCAGGUCUUGGAAGUUUAACUGCUGCAAACUUAAUGGAAAAGAUAUUUGAAAUCGAGGAUUCCGAGACGCCACAAAACACCAUACUUGACGGCACAGAAACAAGCCAAGGCCGCCAACAAGACGAACACCCGCACCGCACAUCAACAGUAGAGGCCAGAAAUACCACGGAAGAAGCUAGUAUGUUAUUGAACUCACAAAGAGAGCAUAGUGAAGGUACAGAAAGUAGAGAAGCUAUUGGCGGUAACAGUCGUUCAAUAACCGAUAAGGAAGAGAAUCAGAAACCAGAUGACACAACACCUACAUCAAGAGAAGGCGAAUUUGCCAGUGGUUAUCAAGACAGUGGUUCGAAUCAGAGUAAUACUAUUCAAAACAGUCAAAUGGACAAACCAGCUACUGCAC